CCAGAUCAAAUCACCAAAAACUAAACCACCACAAGACAGUGGCUCGCUCUCAUCUCGCUCACAUCUGAUUCCCUUGUUUUACUGACCAGUUUCUAUUCUGCAUUUUCAUCUCCCUCCCUUCCCCCACCACCACCUUGACCGUGAGCUGGGAGCUGUCACGCGAAACAAAGCCAGGCCAGGCCGAGCCAAACAAAGCAAGGCAAAGCGAAGCCAGGCAAUGCCACGGCCCCGAGGUGGUCCUCCCAAACCUCCCUCCCACUUUUGGCAUUUGGGGGUAGACUAAAAAGAAGCACCAUGCGUCAAGUCAUACAUCAGUCAAUAGCAUCAUCUUGUGAAGCAACAACAGAAGAAGAUCCGCUCGCCCCGCCCCUCGCUCUCUUCCUCAUUCCGGGCCGUGACACCCGCGUCCUCGCGUCAGUCAGGUUCAUCAGAUCCCGUGUCCCUCCCUCCCAUUGCCUUUCCUAGGAGGCAUCAUGAGUAAACAAACAAGCGGGAAAGGGACGAAAGCAGCAGAUCGCUGCGGUCACUUCUCCCCUCUUACUCUAGUUGCAUCAAUUUCCUCCCCUCCCUUGUCCUGCCUUAAAUCUUGAAUGGAAUUUGGCGAAGGAUAGCAAAAUGACCACUACAAAAUGAGUCAAAAGAAUAGUCUUAGAGUGGCUCCUGUAGACCUCAGACAAAAUUGCAAGCCCUCCUUGUCUUCUUGGAAGUC